AUGACAAUUGAGAGGCUCAAAAUGGAAGAUGAUCGCGGUACCUACAUCGAAAGCCAACCCAAGGAUCCAGUACCAUGUCCCACAACAUCGUGGUGUGUUCAUCAGAAGGUACUUCGUGGGACAAGACUAAACAUAGUACAGCAGCAGCCUCGAACCACUGCCGGAAUCAAUGAAGGACUCGUUUACUGCGCUGGCAACCACGUUCCACAGUAA